AUGGAAAUGGAGGUGGACGCUCCUCGCAAGAGAAUUAGAGUGGGAUUCGACGAGAUCCGCAGGCGAGAACUUGGCUUCUCUUCCCCCACGUACUUCCGUCGAUACUUCUCCGGUUCUGAGGUCCUUGUGAAGCAGAUCAGCCUCCAAGGGAAGUUGGCUGGUCACGAUGGGUGCGUUAAUGCUAUUCAGUUCAACUCUACUGGCGAUAUUCUGGUGUCUGGUUCUGAUGAUAGGCAAGUCGUCUUCUGGGAUUGGACAACCCAAAAGAAGAAGUUGUCAUAUGAUUCUGGUCAUUUGGACAAUAUAUUCCAGACUAAAAUCAUGCCUCUUACUGAUGAUCGAAUCAUAGUAACUUCAUCUGCUGACGGCCAGGUUCGGCUCGGCCAGGUAAAAGAACAUGGCAAGGUAUUUACAAAGAAGCUGGGGAAGCACCAGGGGCGUGUGCAUAACCUUGCAGUCGAGCCAGGAAGUCCACAUGUACUCUAUAGCUGUGGUGAAGAUGGCAUUGUGCAACAUUUCGAUCUCCGCACUCAUUCUUGCACAAGACUAUUCUGUUGCUCUUCCCUCGCAGACAAUGACACCCAGCAUUCCAAAAAGAUUAGGUUAAACUCGAUUGUUAUCGAUCCAAGAAACCCAAAUUACUUUGGCGUAGGAGGUUCUGAUGAAUAUGCUCGUGUAUAUGACAUAAGAAAAUGUCAGUGGUCGAGCAAUGAUGAUGGCACACCUUUGGACACAUUCUGCCCCCGUCACUUGAUAAAGUCCAAUGAAGUGCAUAUAACUGCAUUGGCCUACUCAAGCUCAAGUGAGCUUCUCGUCUCUUACAAUGAUGAACUCAUCUAUCUGUUUCAGAAGGAUAUGGGGAUGGGCCCCGAUCCAUGUUCGGUUUCACCCAUACAGACGCAGAAGCUUGGAGAGCCACAAGUGUACACGGGGCAUAGGAAUUCACAGACAGUGAAAGGAGUGAGUUUCUUUGGGCCAAGUGACGAGUAUGUGGCAACAGGGUCUGAUUGUGGUCAUAUAUUCAUUUGGAAGAAGAAGGAUGCGAGGCUUGUGCGAGUUAUGUUUGGCGAUCGGCGUGUGGUUAACCAGAUCGAGCCACAUCCUCAUGUGGCUAUGUUUGCAAGCUGUGGGAUAGAGAAGACUGUGAAGCUCUGGUGCCCCUCUCCUUCAGAAUCUCCUCCUCUACCAGACAAUAUAGAAAAGAUCAUGGAGUCGAACAAGCAGGGGAGGGAAGACCAUUCCAGGGUAUACCUAUCUCCAGAUGUGAUAAUGCGUAUCUUGAGGCUGCAGAGGAAUCAAGCAGUGGCGUAUAUUGAGAGCAGAUUCGACCGUGCUGAUUUCCAGGACAGUGAUGAUGACGAUAAUGAAGGGAGAGAUGCAUAUGUUAUGGCAUUUUCAGAGGGAGAAGAAGGGUCUUCUUCUGAAGAUCCCAGGGAUUGCAACAUUAGUUAA